ACCAUCGACGACGUCGCCAUGGUUUUUGUCCCCCUUGUUCGCUGCCCCUUCAAAACCCCAACCCCACUUCUUUGUUCUCUGCAUCACGACGACGCUCUCCUCGCUGGCACCCAAAAGCGAAUACCACCAAGAUUCCUCCCCCUCCCCCUUCUCUCUCCUCUCCCCAAACCCUAGAUCUGAUCUAAUCCCUCUUUACCUUCGCUGCUUGGUCUGAUGACCAUCCUUUCUCUUCGUGAUGCGAUGAUCUGUUCUCGUCGACUACCUUCUCCUCUUGGUUCUUCUUGAUCUCCUUCUCUUCUGCUGUGAUGGGUUGUGCAGGUUCCAAGGUCGAGGAUUCGGAGGCGGUCGUGCUGUGCCGCGAGCGCACUCUGCUGCUCGCCGAUGCCAUCCGCCACCGCUACGCCCUUGCGGAUGCCCACGCCGCAUAUUCCCGCUCCCUCCGCUCCGUCGGCGCCGCCCUCCACAGCUUCCUCCACGGCGGCCACGCCGUCCCCCCGGGUUCCCCCGUCCUCCCCCUCCCUACCCUCCGCAAGGGAGAUCCCCUUCCCCCUCUCUCCGCCUCCCCUCCCCCCGUCGCCAUCUCCGCCGCCGCCGGCCACCACUCCCACUCGCGCUCCCACUCCGGAUCCCACAUCCAGUUCCGCUCCUCCGAGGAGGACUCCGACGAAGACGAGGAUUUCCAUCUCCACUCGGACGGAUCGUCUCCCGUCCACCUCCACCCCGACGACGCCCCGGGCCCCACAGUCGUCAACGUCAACUACGCUCGUAACCAUCCGUCUACCGCCCCCUCCAUCUCCUACGAGCAGCCGCCGCCGCCGCAGAGCACCGAGGCCGUCCAGUUCGGCUCCGCCGAGCCUCCCUACCCUUACUAUGGCUACCCUUAUCCCGCUUCCAGUCCGAGCUUUUACCCUUACUCUUAUCCGAGCUAUGGUGGGACGGGUGGCUUCUUUGGAUCUUCAUCUCCUCCUCCCAACAUUCCGCCGCCCGCCGCGCCGGCAGGCGUGGCUUCGCCCUCCUCUUCUAAGGCGCCGCCGCCUCCCCCUUCGCCACCGAAGACCUCCACUUGGGACUUCCUCUUCCCCUUCGGGUCCUACGAUGAUAACUAUUAUGCUCCCUAUACCCCCAGUCGGAGCUCGAGGGAUGUCAGAGAGGAGGAAGGGAUCCCCGAUCUAGAGGACGAGGAGCACGAGGUUGUCAAGGAAGCCUAUGGUGACCAAAAGUCUGUAGCCUCCACCUCUGCCGCUGCUGCGGGAGAAUACUCUGCUAAGGCUGCUGCGGUGGCGGCGGAAGAGGAUGGCAUCGGCGAUGUUCAUCGCACAUCAAAGUCUGGGGAGGGUAGCAGUGGUGGUAGUUCUGAGCAUGAUGUCCAUGUGGUGGAGAAGAAUGUAGUGGCUGAGGAGGAACAGCGAAGUAUGGCUGCAUUUCCUCCUCCCAGACGAUAUCAUGAUGUUUCCGAGGUUGUGCAGGAGAUUAAGAUCCAGUUUGAUAGGGCGUCCGAGUCGGCCAAUGAGGUCUCUAAAAUGCUUGAAGUGGGAAAGCUCCCAUAUCGCCAGAAGAAUUCUGCUUAUAAAGUGUCAGUCAUGAUGGUUUGUGGGCUUCCGCUGUCUACUUGUGAAAGUGAGAAUUUAUUGAAAUUUGAAGAGGAUAAGGCGAUGAGUUGUGGUAAUCUUUCAUCCACGUUGCAGAAGUUGUACGCGUGGGAACAGAAGCUCCUCCAUGAAGUUGAGGCUGAAGAAAAGAUGCGAGCACUCUAUGAUAGGAAAUGCAAACAACUGAAACGCCUGAGUGAGAGGGGUGAGGAGGCUCACAAGCUUGAGGCAGUUCAAAUUUUGAUCAGGAAGUUAUCUACAAAAAUAAGAAUGGCGAUUCAGAUUGUUGACUCUAUUUCACAAAAGAUCAGUAAGCUGAGGGAUGAUGAAUUGUGGCCACAAAUUAGUGAGCUUAUCCAAGGGUUAAUGAGAAUGUGGAGAGUUAUGUUAGAAUGCCAUCAUAUUCAGUGUCAGGCUGUGUCAGAAGCUAAAAACCUAGAUUCUAUUGUAUCUGGUGGAAAGCUCAAUGAUUCUCAUAUGGAAGCAACCAAGCAGCUAGAGCUGGAGCUUCUGGACUGGGUUGGCAAUUUCUUUGCCUGGGUUUAUGCUCAGAAGAGCUUUGUCAAAGCUUUGAAUGGUUGGCUUGUAAAAGGUCUUCAUUAUGUGCCUGAAGUAACAGAUGACGGAGUUCCACCCUUUUCUCCUGGAAGGUUAGGUGCGCCUCCUGUGUUUGUCAUCUGUAAUUGCUGGUCACAAACUAUGGAUAGGAUAUCUGAGGCGGAAGUAGUUGAUGCUAUGAAGUCUUUCUCCGCUAGUGUUCUUCACCUCUGGGAACAGCACAAGCUUGAACAGCGCCAGAGGUUGAUGGCAAACAGAGGUAUGGAUAGGUCACUUAGGAACAUUGAAAUAGAUGAACAGCAAAUGCACAAGGCAUUGGAAGCACAAAACAAGAAGUUAAUCCUCAUCUCCGGUCAGAGUGGUGUAGCCUUAUCUGCAGGAGUGCAUCAGGGCCCAGCUUCUGAAGUAAUCAAUCUGCAGUUAGGUUUGAAACAAAUCUUUGAAGCUAUGGAAAAUUUUACAUCUAGCUCCAUGAAAGCAUAUGAGGAACUCAACUUGCGUUCUGAGGAGGAGAAACUAAGGUUGGCCAGAGAGAAUGUUAAAGUUUCAUAGUUUCAUGCAAGACUUGCUGUCAAAUUUUGGUAUUGUACAUCCAGUCUGUAACUCUGUUUCCGUGGUGAAUACAACCAAUCAUGCGAGGGAAGUGUUUGAAAGGAACACUAUCGGACGUCUGCUAAGAUAUGGAAUCCGACAGCUGGAGCUAAUUGGCCUCUAAAUGUCAUGUCCACUAAGGUGAGAGGAACAUCUUUUUGAUGAUGUCUGCUAUCCAAUUAAAAAGGCUAGUAAUGGCUAAUAUGGUCAUUGGUGAUAAAAACAAUUUGUCAGCAGUGAUGCAGAGCUUCUUUGUAACUAUUUUAUUGCAUCGUGAAGCUAUUCCUUUGUCCUUUACCAUCAGGUUUGCUGAUGAGGUGUGGAAUGCACUACAUCGUGAAUGAAGCUUAUGCCAGUGCAUCAUGGUGACCGGUUUCUGACAUGAAAUGCAAUAAAAUAUCUAUCUGCAUCAUUAUUUUAAAAUGGCACCAUCGAUCAAUUGUUCUCAUCAAAGUUGCAAAUGCCAAUCUGCUACCUUGGUAGAGAACUGGGAAGAAUGAAGCAACAAGGUAAGAGCCAAGGACAAUUUUCCAAUUCUGGUAUAACAGGUAAAAAGGAGGUGAAGAAAAUGUUAAGAGGAUUCUCUUUGAUGAUAUCAUAUUGUUGGCAUCCUUUUGUCAGGGAUUCUUGGUACCAAAUACAAAUUAAAUAAUUGUUUCCUGCUGCCUGCAAGCAAUCAACCAUUCCCACAUAUUGCUAUCAAAAGUUAGUUCUGCCUGCUGUUGCAUUUGGAGGUCUAUCUCUGGAUUGAGAAAAUCUGGAAAUUUUUUUUUUGUUUGUUGGGUUACUGAUAAAGAGAGCACAUAUCAUCUGUCCAUGAGCAUGUAGAGAUAUAUGACAAUCGCUAUCAGCCUUGGGAAAUGGUUUCUGCCUGAGACUAAUGAACCACUCAGACAUUGAUCCAAGUGCAAGUUCUUGUACUGCCGCAUUUGGAGGUCUGUUGCUGGAUAUUGAGAAUCUAGGAAUUUCUUUGUGAAACAGGGCAGAAGAACUCGUAUCAGCAAUCAUGAGCAUUCUUAGAUAUUUGCAGGUUGGUAUCAGCACUGGGAAAUGGUUGGUAUACAGCAUGUAGAGAUUGCAAUACUCAUGUCUAAAGUGUGAUCAAGUAGCAAAUGCGAUUGUGGGCACAUUGGUUGAGUUGGCUGACUUGGAGGUUCACUGAUGAGAGUGGCUGCCUGCUCUUAAUGUUACUUGAAAGGUGAAAUCCACUUCAUCAGGAGAGGGGCUAGACCGGUUGGAUGCUUAUUUUUCAUAGAAUAUAUCUGAAAUAUUCAAUAUGUUGAAGGGAAGGGCAAACCGACUGAGUUGAGGCUAUUCUUCAGUUGACGUGUUGAUCCUUGAUGCUCUCAAAAGAAUGAUCGAUCCCAUGUUAACAAAUGACUGUUUCUGCAUGCAGUCUUUGAAUGAACUGCAAGAAGGAAAAAAAUAAUGUCGACAUGUUUGUAAAUUAUUAGCUCCAUGCAACAAUUCAUUCUUUCAGAUUGUUAAAUUCAUAUAAAUCAGCCCUGUACAUUUAGUCAAUAAUGACAUAAAUUAUCAAUUAAUGCUAGAAUGAGUUUCUUGAUG